AUGUACCUGGGCUUGCAGCCCCCGGACAAGAUCGAUGUCUUUGACCAAGAUCCGACGCCGCGCGCCUCGGCGGAGCCAUGGCGGUUCACCCCGUCUCUGCUUGAUCCAGACUCCUUCUCCUUCAGCGCAUUCGCCAACCAGCCACCGGGCUACUACACGCCAACUCCUGGUGGAACCAACACCCUCUACCAUCCUCAGGCGGGUGAUUUACACACGCCGACUCUAGGAUUGGGCAUGGGACUGGGAACACCUCUUUCGCUUCCAACCAGUGAUCGGGGCAUUCACGUCUCUGGCGUGCAUGGCCCGCCCAUGAUGGAGCUGAGCGCCCAGCAAUUCCACCAUCCUGGCUUACACCCGCAGCACUUCCAGCAGCCGUUCAAUCCCUUUAUCCACCCGGCGCAGCAGCAGCCUUCGUUCGCACCGUCGACCUUUAUUCACCAAGAUACUGGCUAUGAGACGAUGGAUCAGGAUGGCUCACCACUCGGCUCUGAUGGCACUGAAGAGCGUAUGCGACCCAUGGACGCUGCCUUCCACCAGUCCCAAUCUCCUCCAUUACUGUCCUUCCCUCACGGUCAGUACGGCAUACCCAUGACACAUGCUCUACCGCCGUCGGCAGAGAAGUUCCGCUUCCACUGCACGCUGAAUGCGCCUACUGCGAUGAUCAAGCACGCCGAGGAGAUCCCAAUCACGUAUUUGAACAAAGGCCAGGCAUACUCUCUCUCUAUUGUCGACACUGCGCCUACAAUCCCAGUCUCGCAUGGGGUGAAAUACAGGACAUUUGUGAGAAUAUCUUUCGAAGACGACCAACAGCGCCAAAAACCUGGAGUCUGUUGGAGCCUGUGGAAGGAGGGCAGAGGCACCAAUGAAGCACACCAGCGCGGUGGCAAACUACAGGCCGUUGAGUACGUGGAGCAGACCCAGUCCGUAGAGGGCGACAACAAGAGGACGCGGAUCGAGCUCGAGUCAGCCUCCUUCGACGGUUUCUGUGUGGUCUGGACCCCCGGCAUCAACGGCAUGGCGGAAUGCAACAUUGCUGUCCGCUUCAACUUCCUCUCGACUGAUUUCAGUCACUCAAAGGGUGUCAAGGGGAUUCCCGUCCGUUUAUGUGCCAAAACGACCAUACUGGCAGGUGAUGUCUCACCAACCUCGACCGACAACGGCGCCGAGCUGUGUUACUCCAAGGUCAAGCUUUUCCGGGACCACGGCGCCGAGCGCAAGCUUGCAAACGAUGUCGCGCAUGUCAAGAAGAGUAUCGACAAGCUGAAACAGCAGAUCGCGCAGGCCGAGAGUGGCAUGAAAGACUUUGGCAAACGCAAACGUGGUGGGGCGAGCUCCCACUCGAAGGGUCAAGAGCCUCAGCGGCCUGGCAAGGUACAGAAGCACAAGCGGACGUGGUCCAUGUCGUCAGCCAGUUCGGCAGAUGGCGGCAGUGGCCCUAACACCAGGCCAUCUGUGGAGGACGACAUGCACCUCAAAUUGCAAGCACUGCAAGACAUGUUCACCAGUACACGCCCUGUCAGCAUAUUGUACCUGCGUGGCGAAGAGCUUGACGAUCCCGACUUGCACCCUGUCACAUUGGCAGGGGAGCCUACCGACCUCACCAAGGUCGACAGCAAAGAUGCUGCCGUCUGGCAAGCGAGAACCACAAGGGAACCAGGCACUGACUCGUCGGUCCUUGUCUCGCCCUCCCCCAGCUCCUUGUCGCUCCAGUCCCAACAGUCAGCCAUCGGCAGCCAUCCCUGGGAAUCGCGGCAAGAACGGCCCACAAGAGUUGCGACCAAGACCGACGACGACGGCAAUCUUAGUGGGUGGAUAGAGGCACUUGGGGUGGACCCGACAUACCAGCCCCCGGUCGAUCGGCCACCGAAACCUGUCGCAUGCUUCUAUAUUGCCCGACAACCCACCAGUAUUGGCGAGCGGAGCUACCACCGAGCCGUCUACUUGGCGUCAAGAACCCUGCACGAUUUCAUACUCCGCACUGCCACGAAGUGGUCGAUUGAUGCGACCUCUGUCGCUCGCGCCCUCCAUGUCCUAGAGGGAGGUCUCGAGAUUGAGAUGGACGACGAUGUCAUUCGGGAACUGGGCGAAGGUCAAGCCAUGACCCUCGAGAUACGGGAGGUCGAGAUGCAAGUCGCGCAGCCCAAGCGUGAAUGGGAGAUGGCCGUUGAUGCACCUGAAGGUGAAAAAGCCUCAACGUCUGGCGCCUACCGAACCGUCAAGGAGUACGAGUUCCGAUUCACAUUCUAA